AUGAUGAAUUUCUUGUUUCCCAAGAACAAAACCGGUUUCAUUGGUGGGUCGAUUAAAAAACCAGAUACAGAAUAUGAGAAAUACCUACCAUGGAUGCAUUGUAAUGAAAUGAUCAAAAGUUGGUUGACCACGGAAAUGGAGAAGGAGAUUUGCAACAAUGUGAAAUAUGUAAAGACGGCUACAGAAAUUUGGCAAGAUUUGAAGGAGCGCUUCGGAAAGGAGAGCGCUCCCAAGGCAUACGAAUUAAAACAGGCAAUGAACAGCACUCGACAAGAUGACACCACAAUAUCAGCCUACUAUACCAGACUCUGCGUCUUGUGGGACGAGAUGGAGACAUUUCUUCCCACUCCUCGAUGUUCUUGUAAUGGUUGUUCAUGUGAUCACACAAAGAAGCUAACAUAA